AGUAAUCCGUGUAGUGGAAAAAAAUUUAUCGGGGCGACCUCGGUCACGAGAAAAAGAAACGCUGACGAAAUUCUCAACUAGAAACAACACCGUUACUGUGUCAGUUCCUAACUUCGGCUAUUCAGGAAACACAAAAUAGGAAACUGACUGUGUUAGGAUACUCCCAAGCUAAGAUAUAGAUCGCAAAGUGAACUAAUGACGGUGAGAUUCAAUUGAAAAUCUCAGGGCUUUCCAGUUGAAGAUCACCGUGUUCGCUGAAUUAGCCUACGGGGGAAAGGACUCAUAUUACGGUCGAACAGGGGAGAGGUUCACUCGCCAUGGAAAACGGAAUAGGAGUGCCGAGAACUCGCAUGGAAGCGAACAGGGAACAUGUCCUAGCUGUAAAGAGAAAUUACAUUUCAAAUCCUCGGAUAACGUACAAAACUGUGUCUGGAGUCAAUGGACCUCUGGUAAUUCUUGACAACGUCAAGUUUCCCAAGUUUGCAGAAAUUGUCAAUUUGACACUUUCUGAUGGAACAAAAAGAAGUGGACAGGUUCUGGAGGUCAGCGGGUCAAAGGCCGUAGUUCAGGUAUUUGAAGGGACAUCAGGAAUUGAUGCCAAGCAUACGACGUGCGAAUUCACCGGAGACAUUCUGCGAAUCCCUGUAUCUGAGGACAUGUUAGGUCGUAUCUUCAACGGUUCCGGUAAAGCUAUCGACAAAGGGCCCCCAGUAUUGGCAGAAGAUUACCUGGAUAUUCAAGGUCAACCGAUCAAUCCUAAUUCUCGCAUCUACCCUGAGGAAAUGAUCCAGACUGGUAUAUCAGCCAUCGAUGUUAUGAAUUCCAUCGCCCGUGGUCAGAAAAUUCCAAUCUUCUCAGCUGCUGGGUUGCCACAUAAUGAGAUUGCAGCUCAGAUUGUACGACAGGCUGGUCUUGUCAAGCAACCACAGAAUGACGUCAUGGACUCGCAUGAAGACAACUUUGCCAUUGUCUUCGCUGCUAUGGGUGUUAACAUGGAAACAGCUCGUUUCUUCAAGCAAGACUUUGAGGAGAAUGGCUCUAUGGACAAUGUCUGUCUUUUCCUCAAUCUAGCCAACGAUCCAACUAUUGAACGUAUCAUCACACCGCGUCUGGCAUUAACAGCUGCUGAGUUCUUAGCCUACCAAUGUGAGAAACACGUCUUAGUUAUUCUGACAGACAUGAGCUCCUAUGCUGAAGCUUUGCGUGAGGUUUCAGCAGCUCGUGAGGAAGUUCCAGGCAGACGUGGUUUCCCUGGUUACAUGUACACGGAUCUUGCUACCAUCUAUGAACGAGCAGGGCGUGUUGAAGGUCGUAAUGGUUCCAUUACACAAAUCCCAAUAUUGACCAUGCCCAACGAUGAUAUCACCCAUCCUAUCCCUGAUCUGACAGGGUACAUCACCGAGGGUCAGAUCUAUGUGGACAGACAGCUUCACAACAGACAGAUCUAUCCACCAAUCAAUGUGCUUCCAUCUUUGUCUCGUCUGAUGAAGUCUGCUAUUGGAGAAGGAAUGACACGGAAGGACCAUGCAGAUGUAUCUAACCAGCUGUAUGCUAACUAUGCUAUCGGGAAAGAUGUUCAAGCCAUGAAGGCAGUGGUUGGCGAGGAGGCAUUGACACCUGAUGACUUACUCUAUCUGGAAUUUCUGGGCAAAUUUGAGAAGAACUUCAUUGCCCAAGGGAGCUAUGAGAAUCGUACCGUCUUUGAUUCUCUUGAUAUUGGUUGGCAACUUCUGCGAAUCUUCCCGAAGGAGAUGUUGAAGAGAAUUCCACAGAGUACACUUGCUGAAUUCUACCCCCGCGAUGCCCGCCGUUAAGGUCUCAACCAUCAAGUAUCACCACUAUUUUUCCUCUCAUCUUAUAUCAUUUUUUCUUUCGGUUGGGGACGUACAGGUUGUUUAUUUCCAAGUAAAUUUGAUUUCAAGCUCGCAAGCAAACAUUUACCAAGCAUGUACUGAUAGAGCUAAUGUUAAACUGCAAUAGUUUGACAUUUGUGCAAGUAGAUUUGUCACUGGAAGUAUUUGGUUUAAUUUUCCUGUUAAAAACAUUCCAAGUAUUCAAGUGAACUUUCUUUACUUCACUGAAAAACUUGAAUCAUGUAAGUUAAAGACUUUCUCCUCCGAACAACCAUUUUGAAUGCAAAAUGCAUUUGUGUUGCACAUUUGAAAUUGUUUUGAAGUCAUGGUUGACUUGCAAAGGCAAACACAUGCAAAGUCAUAUUUUGCAUUGUUUCUUUUCCAGUAAAAAAAAAAAAAUUAAGCUUCAUUCUUUUCUUUGAAAUCUGUUACAUUCUUAUUAAAUUUUCUGCUUAAUUCCUAGGUGUUUCUUACAAACUUUGGUCACGCAACUUGCAAGAGUGUUGAAAAAAUAUAAAAAUCAUAAAAAGAAGAUGUGAAAACCUCGUGUCUUAAAUGUGAAACAUACAAAUGACACUAAGAUCAUCAAUCGAACAAUUAAUUUUUAAGAGACUGCUUUAGUAAAAUUUUCUUGAGAGUCUUACUCUGCGGUACAUUAACAAGUUGGAAUCCCCUGGCAAUACCUGUCUCCGAUAAAAUAUAUAGCAAUUAUGUUGUAUAGAAGUAUAUAUAUGAAAUCGUCAUAAAAAAGGUGUCUUGGAUGUUAUUUGUGAACAUAUAUAUAAAAAGUACUGUAGUAUAAGCCGGAAGUAUGUAGAUUCUGUGAACUAGCUUUAAAUUUGGUAUAUACUUUACAUUCUUUCUCCAAUUCCAGAAGACAACCCGUGGCAAGCUUUGUCUUUGCGGGUGUUGGUUGUGAUUGGCUUUCAGUUGUCAGAUUUGUACUGUAAAUUUGACUUCCAACCUUGUCAUUACCCCUUGUUUCCUUGUAAUCCAGAUAUUAUCAAAGGUCAUGACAAAUACCAGUGAUUAAAUUUGCUCUAGUCUUUGUGAAUAAACGUUAAUAGAAAACUU